CUAAUCUAUCGAUGUCGCGUAUCGAUACGACAACAACAUUGCUGCUCUCGUUUCUACGUCGUUGCAGUUGAUUAAAAUAAGUUUUCAUUGAAUUGGGAUGUUUCAUAUGCGUGAAUCGUUGUCAAUGCCGUGAUCAAUAAGUGUUCAGUGCCUCUAGUGCUUGGCAAAAAUGUAAAAACUUAAGUUUUGAUAGCAAAACGCGUAAAAAAUUCCAUGAACGCCAACCGAAAAAAUCUCUUCCGAAUCGAACAGUUCAAACACACACAUAGUGCCGCACUGUUCACACCGGAGCACUGAUAUAGUACCGCAGUGAGUGCAAGCGAGUCAAGCAGUCGUGUACGGAGAUAACAUACAUUUGUGUACCUACCUCUCUUCAAGUGAAAAUCCGUAUGGAAAUGAGUGAAGCGACGAAGGAGUCCUCCACAAGCGAUGUAGCGCAGAGUGAGGAGCAGCAAGUGGAUGCUGCUACUACGGCCAGCGGCAAAGAAUCCAAAGAUACCACAUCUGAUGCAGCACCAAUGGACUCGGAUAAUGUGCAGGCACAAAGCGAGCAAUGCUCCACGGCAACCACAGUGGACAUCAAUACGCUGACUCCGUCGACACCUUCGCAGACGCCGCCACAGCUGCUGGCGGCCGAAGCGAGUGCAACACCGACUGCAGCGUCAAGUGGCACAGUGGCUGCAGCAGCUAUACCCGAGAAUAUACUAUCACCACCCAAGUCGGAAACACAAACGGAUGAAACAAAUACGGCCACAUCGACCUCAUGCUCGCCGGCUUCUGAGGGUCAGCGGUCGCCUACGGGAGAAGCAGAUCAGCAACAACAAGAGCAAAAACAAAAACAGCAGCCGCAGCCAACGUUAGCACCAAAAGAGGAAGCAACGCAGAAGGAGGAGCUGGAGCUGGAACUGGAUAAGGCAACAGCUGUUGUUAAUGGCACCAUACCAAAGUCGGGCAAACCGCUGGUAACGGCGCUCAAUAAGAAACUUAACAAGUCAGCCAACACAUCGCCGCGAGCGUCACGUGCGCGCAAGCCAAAGGCUUUGCCCAUGUACGAGAGCGAAAUCAGCGACAACAAAGUUGGCAUCAAGCUGUGCAUUAAGAAGUCCGAUGCGGCUGCUGGAUCAUCAGAAUUGCCAGUGGUCUCUGCGCCGGCCCCAAGGCCACCAGCGCCAGCGAAGCCGGCACGCAAGCGCGUUCGCAAACCAAAACAACAACAGGACAGCGACGAGAGUGAGUAUGAGCCGCGCAAGAAGAAGGGUGGUGGGGGCAGCAACAACGGCGAGCGCCAGAAAAGGACAUCAACAAACGCCUCUGCUCAGCAGGCGGCAGAAGCGGACAGCGAGCCGGUUGAGCAGAGUGCCUGGGGCCAUAAGUUACCUGAAGAAGUGCUCUUUCGUAUUUUUGAACAUGUUGUCGAUAAGGAGGGCUGCCUGCCCACCCUAUUUCGGUUGGGUCGUGUGUGCUCGCUGUGGCGACAGGUCUCGCUGAGACCAACGCUAUGGCGCACCAUGGAUUUGACCACCUGGAUUAAGGAAAAGUACCGAACGGAACUUAAACUGAAAUGGUUUGUGGACAAUCGUUGCAGUGCUUGCACCGAAUUAAAUGUCUCCAAUUGGAAGAUAUCAGACAUCAAUUGCUUUCUGGCAAAGCUCUCCACUGGCUGUCCAAAUCUGACGGGCAUCACGCUAUCUGGCUGGAAAGGCUUCACAUCGGAUCAUUUGACGUAUCUUGUCGAUAAUAUGCAAAAGCUACAGCGCUUAGACUUAAGCUCAAUUAAUGUCGAAAUGAAUGCUAGCAAGAGCGCUGUUGGCGUUAACUCACUUUGCAAUGCGCUCCAGACCAUGGGCAGUCGCUUGACCCACCUUUACUUGGCACACAACCGUCUAGCUGGAAUUCCCAAUAUUGUCAGCGUACUUGCGACGCAUUGUCCAAAUUUGACGCUCCUAGAUCUCUCAAACGUAACCACACAAGCUACAUCGCACGGCGUGCUGUACAUCGAGAAGCUGCAGCAUGGUUGCCAGAAGCUUAAGGUGCUGCGUGUCACCAACUCCCACAUAACGCCGAGUACGGCCAGCAUGCAGGAGAUUAUGGACUCGCCAGGUUUUCCCAAUCUAGAGGAGCUCUCCGUGGCAGCUUUGACCGAUGAAUCCCGCAUCAUAAGUGAUGACCAUCUACAACGUAUAUUAAAGAGUAGCUCUAAGUUAAAGCUACUGGAUGUGCGCAAUUGCACACGUCUGACGCACGAAAGCUUAAUACGUUUGCCAGCCUGGGAUAUUAAGCAUUUAUUUCUCUCCGGCUGCUCGGUCACCCGUGAUAUGGGAUCGGGUCUGGAACUUAUUGCGUCCAAAUGGGCGCAUAGUCUAAUCGAACUGGAUCUGGCCUGGGCUAACGUCCAGCAGCCCAUAGACAAUGCUUUGCGCGCACUGGCUGAGAAAGGCAGCGAGUCUCCAUUGGCUCACUUAAAUCUAUGCGGCUCAUCAGUAUCUGAGGAGGCGGUUAAGGAAAUACUCACGAACUGUGUGCACAUGAGCUCAAUAAAUCUUGCAUCAUGCCGCGGCUUGCCCCGUGGCGUUAAGCGCCUUAUGCAGGGACCACAGGAGCUGCAUGAACUGCGCGAGGUGCUCGGUGUGCAAUUAAAAGUGCAGUAGAAUGGACUACAGGAGGGUGCAAUAAUUAUAUAUUGAAAGCUGUGUCGGCGGCGGCAACAACAACUUGAAACGAAAUGAAUGUAAUUGCUGCUAGCUGGCAGCUUGAAUGUAAUUAAAAUUGUUGCAUUCUUAAAGAUUAGGCAAAGCGUUCAGUGUUUGUGGGACUGUCCACAAUAAUGUAAUAGUCGAAAUCGCUUCGCAUCUUCCAAUCAUGCUUAUAUUGUUUCUAGGCCGCACCCUUGUGUUUUGUAAAUGCAAUAUGUAUCUUAUAAUUUAUUUGUUUCGAAUUUCAACGGGAUAAUUAAGCACGUUGAAACAAAUCGUAAAUAUAUACAGUGAUGUUUAGAUGAUUUUUUUUUGUAUUGCAUAUAUUGAUUAGAGCGUAGAUAAGCAACUAAUGACCACUGUAUGUUUGUAAAGUAUGUAUGCAUAUUUAAGAUUAAGUUUAAACGUAAUUUGUAUGCUUUUGCAAUACAAAAACAAAACAAAACAACAUGAUUAACAAUAAAUAGUAGUAGUCGUCAAUUCAAUGCCGCUAAGGCAAUUUGUAGAACGUUUUAACCCAGAUCAAGUUUGUAAAUAAGUAUUUGGCGCUUAAGAAACUUUAUUGAAAUCGAAAAUAGUAGUUAGCAUACAUAUUGAACGAUUUCACACACACACACACACAUAUAUAAAACAAUUCAAUUGUUAAGCAUUAUUAGCAGUUAAGAGAAGGCAAUUAAAGGUAUAUUUAAUUUUAAA